AUGUCGCAAUCCUCCCAACCGUACGGAAGGGUACAUGAGAUUAAUCCUGUCCGCGAGGACGGCACCAUCGUAUGCCACUGUAACAUACCCGCACCCAGGAGAACAAGCUACACCCCGAAGAACCCAAACCGGGACUUCUACGGAUGCGUGAGGGGCAGAGACGACCCAGACAGGUGCAAGUUCUUCAUGUGGGCCGACGACCCUAGAAUAGUGAACCACCCUGCACAUCAGCCUGUAAUUCCCUCUACACCAACCUCUACGCCGUCGAAAUCGCAGCCUAACUCGCAGCCCGAACCAACCUCGGCUCCUCGGACACCACAGGUUUCCGGGAAUUCGCUGAAACGCCCCUUAUCCCCUUCAUCACCCUCCCCGUCCACACCGGUCAAUAUUAUGCCUCCAGUCACUCCUGCGAGAGCUGCAGGUCCUAGCAAUGCGCCCCGCACCCCGGCUGCGCACUCCACCCCUCAAGCCAAGGCGAGCCGCCUAAAGGAAAUCUACGCCGCCCUCGGCCAGCCCGAUCCCCAGCCUAGCCCAAGCCCCGUCGCUCAACCUCACCCCUUACCCGUAGCUCCUACACACCUUGACGACAGAGUCGCAGCCGGCAUGCAGACCGACUUUGCCGACGCAUCCUCCCAAUCGCUGCCGCAAUCGCAGGUGACCGACGAGGACGGCGACGAAGCCAUGGCGGACUACCGCGCGACCUUCGGGCACUCCGCCGCACUGCACACGCCCCCGCGGGGGCGCAGCGAGAGCGCCCGCAAGCGUGCGCGGAUCCGCGAUCCGCUGUACCCGUCAUUGGAGGACUCUAUGCUCGACCACACGUCUGAGCUGCUCACCCCGCCGUCGACGACGGGCAACGGCCUCUCCGCAUCUGCAGGGCGUUUCCACCCGGCGAUGGAAAGACUUGGGUCGCCCACGCCCUCCAGCAGGAACAAAGGGAAGGGCAAGGCGCGCGCAUUGUUCUACGACGACCAGGAAGAGGCGGAGAUGAACGCGAAUGCUGAUAUGAGUGUCCCUGGGGCGUACGACAACCGACAGGACGACGACCUGUCCUCGACCCGCGAAGUCGAGUCACUCCUUGCCUCCCACCCCGCGCACAUCCCGCACACGCACACGCCGCCCUCCCCCUCCGUCAGCCAGCUCUCCUUCUCUCACUCUCACCUCAGCCGAGGAGGCAUGCACUGGAACGCACGGAACGCGCGCGCGCUCGUGGAGCAGCUGCAGGACCUGCCAGCUUACAUCGACCUGCUGGAGCGCAAGAAGUAUGCAGCGGAGAAGAGCUGCGAAGUGAAGGCCAGGAGGAUAGGGGAGCUCGAGGGGACGGUGGAGAAGAUGAAGGAGAGGAUGAAGAUUCUGGAGGAGAGGAACUCGCUGCUUGAGACGACUGUGGAGGCGCUGAAGGCGGCGGCCCGACGAUGAGUGCCUCGUUUGCCUGGCUUGGUCUCUUCUUUGCAUCAUGGUCAUCCGUUGUGUUGUGCUUGCUCAUUUCUUGCUAACAGUUGUAUCAUUUUCUCAUUUUCUCACUUCUCACCGUCUCUUCUGCUGUUAUAUAUUUGUUAAUUCUUAUUCUACCCGCUGUCUCGCGUUCACCAACCGUGCUAGUUCAACGGAG